AAUUCAAUUUAUUCAUAAGUUCUGGGUUCGAUUUGGUGUUGAAAUUUGAAAUAAUUGACCGAGAUUUGGGAACGAUGGGGAUGGACUUGAGGGUUGUUCCGGCGGAGGAAUGGUGGAAUCGAGGAAGAGAUUCGAGUCAUGACGGUGAACGUGACCUAGGGCUAAUGGUUACAGAUUUUCUGGAAACGGGAGGUGGAAGCGGUGGUGCUGGUUCCUGGUGUAGCAGCGAUAGCGAUUCUGGAUUCCCAGAUCCUUCUUACCUUUCCGAUAAGAUUCAGUAUCUCAAGUACUCUAUGGCUCAACACGAGACUGAGGUUCUCUCGGCGGUUCGUACAUUGAUGCUUACUAUUAAGGAGAAAGAUCUUCACUCUGUGAAAUCUGGUACAUGUAACGCCAGUUGCAUUAGGUUUUAUCUUGCAAAGCUUUUGAGACUUUCUGGAUAUGAUGCAGCUGUUUGUUCAGCAAGAUGGCAAGGCGGUGGCAAAGUUCCUGGUGGAGAUAAUGAGUAUAUAGAUAUCAUAUUGAGUGAUUCUGAAGUUGGCCAAGAUGAUCGUUUGAUUGUUGACAUUGAUUUCAGAAGUCAUUUUGAAAUCGCUCGAGCUGUGGAUUCUUACCAACGGAUAAUGGAAUCACUCCCUGUGGUUUAUGUAGGAACCGUGGCAAGAUUAAACCAGUUCCUUCAAGUAAUGGUUGAUGCAGCCAAAUUCUCCUUAAAGCAGAAUUCAAUGCCGUUACCUCCUUGGAGAUCUCUGAACUACCUGCGAUCCAAAUGGCAUUCACCUCACAAAAGGCACCUCGGUCCGAUCGAUCAACAAGGUCCUGGAAUGUUCUCACCGGGAUUACAUGGACAGUGUGCUGAGAAUUUAAAGAGGCUUCAGUUUGCUCUCCAGGUAGAACAAGAGUCAGAGAGAUUCAUGAAGAAGAAGAGCGGUUUUAGCCGCAGGAACAAACCCGAGAUAAUGAGAAUUCAAGGGGCUCUUGCUCCUUAAAGAGAUUGUACAGAUGUUUUUUGGGGCAUCAAGAGGCCAAAGAAUUUUGCUCUGUUGAGUGGUUUUCGAGUGUAAUAUUUUUGCGGCUGAGUCUUUUUUUGUAUGGAUUCAUUUGGGGUUACAAUAAUAGCCAAGGUUAGGC